ACGCGUGACGCGUGAGUCGGCGACACGCGCAGUGCGCUCUAAGAUUUGGUGUGGUGUAUUUCGUAGUUAUCGGUUAUUAUUUAAAAAAAAAAAACAGUUCCUUUUUUUUGUAUUAAAAAUAUAAAUCUCAUUCAUUAUGACAGAAAAUGGCAAAGAAGUAAGAGUGUGGUGUGAUGGAUGUUAUGACAUGGUACAUUUUGGCCACGCGAAUUCUUUACGUCAAGCGAAGGCAUUAGGUGAUUAUCUAGUUGUGGGUAUACAUACAGAUGAAGAAAUUACCAAACAUAAAGGGCCACCAGUAUUUAUGGAACAAGAGAGGUAUAAAAUGGUCCGCGGUAUCAAGUGGGUAGAUGAGGUAGUUGAAGGAGCACCUUAUGUUACGACUUUAGAAACAUUAGAUAAAUACAAUUGUGAUUUUUGUGUUCAUGGUGAUGACAUCACUAUGACAGCAGAUGGUAUAGACACGUAUCAUUUGGUCAAAGCAGCAGGUCGUUACAGAGAAGUUCAAAGAACAGCUGGUGUAUCAACAACUGAUCUAGUAGGACGUAUGCUUUUAAUGACACGGCAACAUUUUAAGCAAGGAGAUAGUGAAUAUAGUGUUGAUAGAGAACCUAGCAAAAGUAUGGGACAAGACAGAACAGCUCGAAGUCCAUGGACAGGUUGUUCACAAUUUUUACCUACUACACAAAAAAUAAUUCAAUUUAGUGAUGGCAAAAGCCCACAGCCUGGGGAUAAGGUAGUCUACGUAGCAGGGGCAUUUGACCUUUUUCAUGUUGGUCAUUUAGAUUUCUUAGAAGUUGCAAAGAAAGAAGGUGAUUAUCUUAUAGUGGGACUUCAUACAGACCCAGUAGUAAAUCGAUAUAAAUGUGGUAAUCAUCCAAUUAUGAAUCUCCAUGAAAGAGUACUCAGUGUACUGGCAUGCAAGUAUGUUAAUGAAGUUGUAAUUGGUGCUCCAUAUGAAGUUACUAUAGAUCUUAUGGAACAUUUUGAUGUAUCUAUUGUUUGUCAUGGUCAGACUCCUAUCAUGCCUUGUGAGGAUGGUUUAGACCCAUAUGCUGAACCUAAAAGACAAAAUAAAUUUAAAUUAUUAGAUAGUGGUAAUGACAUGACAACAGAAAAAAUUGUUGAACGCAUAAUUCUCCAUAGGUUGGAGUUUGAAGAUAGAAAUUUAAAGAAAGAAAAAAAAGAACAAGCAGCUUAUGAAGCUUUUAUAAAGUCCCAGAAAAAAGAAAGGACUAAAUAAUUUACUCUAUAUACUCAGAGUGUGUGAUAAUUAUAUUUUAUGAAAUAUAUUUGUAAAUAUGAUAUCACACUAAUGUUUGAAUUAUUUAAUUCCAUUUGGAAAAUAUCUGUGGUUUAAAUAUUUAUGAUUAUACUGAACAUUUAAAAUACUAACAUAUAGAAAUAUUAUUUUUAAUUUCCAACAACUCAACGACAAAAAACAAACACAACGACAAAGGUAUAGAAAAAAAUUGUGAAUAUCUGUAAACAGAAAUAUUUUUAAUUAAGAAGGUUUAGAGAAAUUUAUUUUAUGUUACAUGCUAUCAAAUUAUGCACACAUGUAUGUAUCUAAUAUUAAAAUUUGGUACUAAGAUAUUACUAAAAGUUUUUGACUAUUACAAUAUUAAUAUUAUGUAAAAAUAUUUGAGAAGUUAUAUUUUAUUCAUAUUUACAGAGAUUUUAUUAUAUUUAAAGCAUUUAAAGCAUUAUUUAUUUUUUGAUAAUAUAUUUUAUUUUAUUACUAUAAUUUUCGGGAAAUUAAGCAUUUAAUUAAAGAAUUUUAUAAUUAAAACGGAAACUUGUAUAUUUUUUAUUUGUUAUUUAAUCAUAUAUAAUUUAUAAUUGGAUUUUUUAAAUAUAGCACUUCAAGUGAAACUAGCAGAUAAACUUAUAAGUUUUAUAAUUACUUUUAAAUUUACUUUUACAUUAAUUAUUUUUUAUCAAGAUUUAUAAUAUAGCUGGAAUGUAAUUUAACUUAAUUAUAAUAAUUUUGUACAACUAUUAUAAGAGAAGAGGUAAUUAUCUUCAUAGUAUGAAGUCACAAUUUAGUGGAAUUGCAUCAAAAUCGAUUUAUUUUUCUCUUUUGAUAUUUAAUUGUGUUAUAUUUGUAAAAAAUUAUUAUCCAUACAAGAAAUAAUAUCUGAAAAUCAUUAUUGUCAAAUACAUGUAUAUUUAAUUAAUACGAAUUAACAAUACAUUGUACAAGAAAAAUGUACAUUUAUAAUGUUAAAACUGUAAAAUAAAUUGUAAGUGCCACAUUUUGUAACAUAACAUUAGAUUAUUUUUACUUGAAACUAAGAUAUUAACCAAAGACAGUUUUUGAUCGUGAUAAAAAAUAGAAAAUGUAUUCUACGCUCUUAAUGCUAUGUAUUAUGUGUAAAUCGAAAUUUAUUUGAACAUAGAAUUUUUCCCUAUAUGCUUUAAAUAAAGUUGGUUGUCAUAAAUUUUCUUUAUCUAUAUAUGCGCAAUUGCGCAGCAUUAUCGCAUCCCGUACUAUGUUUAUAACCAUGUAAUAGAAUAAUGUGCUAUCAAAUAUUGCGAAAUGGAGCGAUCAGUUUAAUUUCUAUCAAUAAUUUAGUAUUCCUCGAAGCAUGACAUGCAUAAAUACAUAUGCAUGUGGUAAUGUUUUACUUCACAAUAAAUAACUAUUAUAUGCCAUUAGAUUAACAUAAUAAAUAUUUUAUAGUAUGUAUUUAUCUACCUUUGUUCAACCAAUCAAGAAUUUUGUAGUUAAAAUCUUUAAAUGACAAAAUUUCCUUUAUAAACAAUAAAUAGUAUACUGUAUGUAUGUACAUUGAAUCAAACUUAUAUAAUCACUCCAAAAAAUUAGAUACAUCAUGUUCAAUAAUAAUGGACACGAAUAAAUUAUCCUAUAGUUAACAAAUUAA